AAUAAACCCAAGUUUUUUGCAUUGUUGAUCUUUUUUUUUUUCUUUUCCAUAAUUUUUUUUGAUUAUUUUUUGAUUGUCAUCCUAUAGAAAAUGGCUACAGUACAAAGAGAUGUUUAUAACCCUCUUCUAUUUGAGAUUGCUUGGGAAGUAGCCAACAAGGUUGGUGGUAUCUACACUGUGAUCAAGACCAAAGUACCUGUCACUGUUCGUGAGUUUGGUGAUCGUUAUACUCUUAUUGGUCCAUUAUCGUACAAGUCAGCACCGAUGGAGGUCGAAGCAUGUGAACCGGAAAACCCAAAGAUGCGAGAAGUACUCGAGUCAAUGGCUAAUCACGGAGUGAAAUAUCUUUAUGGUCGCUGGUUAGUAGAAGGAUCUCCCUAUGUACUUUUAUUCGAUACAGGUAGUGUCACGCACAAAUUGGAUGAAUGGAAGGGUGAUCUUUGGCGUUCAGCUGGUAUUCCUUCUCCUCCCUCUGAUACCGAGACAAACGAUGCCAUUCUCUUUGGUUACUUGGUUACUUGGUUUUUAGGUGAAUUCACUCCCAAGUACAACCAACCUGGAGACCCUGCUAUUAUUUGUCAUUUCCACGAAUGGUUAGCUGGUGUUGCAAUUCCUUUGAUCAAGAAGCGUCAUCUUGACGUCUGCACUAUUUUCACCACGCACGCUACUCUUUUAGGCCGUUAUCUUUGUGCGGGUUCUGUAGACUUCUAUAACAAUCUUUCGACUUUUGAUGUGGAUGAAGAAGCAGGUAAACGUGGUAUUUAUCACCGUUAUUGUAUUGAACGUUCUGCUUCUCAUUGUGCCGAUGUCUUUACUACUGUUUCUCAUAUCACUGCCUAUGAAUCUGAGCAUCUGCUGAAACGUAAACCAGAUGGUGUUUUACCUAAUGGUUUAAAUGUGGUGAAAUUCUCGGCUAUGCAUGAGUUUCAAAACCUUCAUGCGAUGGCUAAAGAGAAAAUCAAUGAUUUUGUUCGAGGUCAUUUCUAUGGUCACUAUGACUUUGAUCUUGAUAACACUAUUUAUCUCUUCACAGCAGGUCGCUAUGAAUACCGUAAUAAAGGUGUUGAUAUGUUUGUCGAAUCCCUAUCUCGUUUAAAUGCCCGUCUCAAGUCUUCUGGAUCCAAGAUGACUGUGGUUGCAUUCUUGAUUAUGCCUACACCUACACAUUCAUUCAAUGUAGAAGCAUUGAAAGGACAAGCUGUGACGCGACAAUUACGUGCGACGGUAAGUGAGAUUCAAGACCGAGUGGGUAAAGCGAUUUACGAGAACGCACUUCGUAUUGAGGACAUCAAUCCUGCAAGUUUCCUCUCUGAUGCUGAUAAGGUGCUUUUGAAGCGACGAGUGUUUGCAUUAAAGCGUACGACGCUGCCACCUAUUGUGACGCAUAACAUUGUGGAUGAUAACAAGGAUCCUGUAUUGAACCAAUUACGUCGACUUAACAUGUUUAAUAACUCUGAUGAUAGAGUUAAGAUUGUGUUCCACCCAGAAUUUUUGAAUGCCAACAAUCCUCUUAUUGGUAUGGAUUAUGAAGAGUUUGUGCGUGGAUGUCAUUUAGGCGUGUUCCCAUCUUAUUACGAACCCUGGGGUUACACACCAGCCGAAUGUACGGUCAUGGGAGUACCAUCCAUCACGACGAAUCUUUCCGGUUUCGGCUGUUUCAUGGAGGAGAAUAUUGAGAACUGUGAUGAUUAUGGUAUUUAUAUUACGGAUCGUCGCACGAAAUCAGUGGAAGAAUCACUUCAACAAUUAUGUGAUCAAAUGUAUCAAUUUGUCCAAAAGACGCGUCGUCAACGUAUUAAUCAACGUAACCGUACCGAGCGUUUAUCGGAUCUUUUAGAUUGGAAGCGCAUGGGUCUGGAAUACAUUAAAGCACGUCAAUUAGCUCUCCGUCGUGCUUACCCAGAUAGUUUUAUUGAUGACGAAGAAGAUUUAAUUGCGGAUAUUCCUAUCAAGAUCCCCAAGCCCUUGUCUGCUCCUGCCUCUCCUCGCAUCCGAAUGGAAGUCAAUAGUCUUUUCAAUGACGAUGAAGAAGAGGAAGACUUUUUGUUUCCCGCUCUUCGUAAGCGGUCCCAAAACCAAACAAGAGAGCAAGAACUCUUGAGUGAAGGUGAUAUUGAAGCCUUUAAUAAGUUGACUCUCGAAAACAAGGCUGCUCACUAAGCUCAUACUUUUGCCCAAACCAAAAAAAAAAAAAAGCUUGUUUUUUAUUUUUUCUUACCCCUUCUCUU